GACCAGUCCUUCUUGAUAGUUGGAGACAAACAAAUUUCUGACCCCUUGAAGGCAACUGACGGACGGUUAGACGAAGUCUACGGUCUGAAACUGUGGCCAUCUUGCAUGUUAGCCGAUAUUGCAGAAUAUUUGCCAAGCAGGGAUGGCAAAUCGCUACUCCGCCGGCUGAUUACAAGAAAGGCUCACUACAGCCUGAGGAGGUGAUCCGAGCAGCUCUCGAUGGUGUGACAUGCCCGGUCCUGCUGGGUGUGUCCCACUCCGGGGACAGUGUCCACCUGUCAAACUCACAGAGGACAGAAACUUUCCCCUCCGGGCUAUCACUGGAAUGUUGGAACAUCUGCAUCCAUGAUGAUCGCUACCUGUUGACGGACACCAUAAGAAAUGUUUCUCAGCUCCCUCCUGCACUGCCUACUGAGACUGGACCGUAAACAUGUUGCCACACACUGUGUCCAGUGGAGGGCGCUAACCGGAGCAGCGGCUGUCACUGCACUCAGACAGUUUUACUUUGCGGUGCAUCCAGACUUCUUUACUCACUAUCCCAGAGAACGGGAAGUGAAUGAAAAUUCAUUGAAGAGGUUGAAUGGCUACUUGGAGAACUUGCAGAAACCUGGAUCAGUGUCUGUUCAGCCAGUGAAGCUCACCUUCUAUGUCAGAGACACAAAGGGCAGCAGUGCUGUGCACCCAGAUGUCCUUUACUCUGGGUUCCGCCCAGUGACUUUCACACUGCAGACAAAUGAUGUUCUGAGCACCAUAACAAACAUCCUGAAGUCCUGCAGCCUUCCUGUGGAACACGUCCAAGCAAGUGAAGAAACGUGGAAAACUGGGCCGCGGGGUGGGGUGCCAUUCUUCCGGCCCAUCAGAUGGCAUAAGAGCUACUACGCCUUCACUGGCCUCAGAGACCCGGAGGAUGAGCUUCAGCAGAUAAAGACAGUCGAGCCCACGCUGAGCUUGUGGCUUCAGGGCAAUGAACCCAAAGCAACGAGCAAGUAUGCUGCUAGUCUUCCUCGCAGAGAAGAGCUGGAGAGACUGAAGAAGGAACUGUGCCUUGAGUUUUGCCUGGAAGAUAUCAGGUGGCAGCGUAGCUGGGGAGUUGCACACAGAUGCUCUCAGCUUCAGAGUCUGAAUCGACUGUCUCAGCAGAACCGUGACACGUUGAUCAAGCUGAAAGGACUCACUGUAGUCUUUGCUGAUCAGUCCGGGAUGAACACCUGUGGACAUGUCCUGCUGGGAACCAUGGAUGUUCAUUUUCAGUGGACUAAACUGUUGCAGCGGUUGCCCAGUUACUACAGCUUACUGCAGCAGACAGAGUGGCUGAAGGAACGAGUCAGCCUCAUCCUGGGUGGGGCUCUGGUCACCCAUGCUGAGACACUGGGGCCCGUGCAGCCUAUUGCAGAAUACUACAGCACCCUCAACACCUUCUACAAACAUCUGAUGUCCAAACGCAUCAUUGUGCAUCCAAGGAGUCUGGAGGGGCUCGCCAUGAUCUUAGACAGCGACCGCUCAAGCCCCUGUCUCCACCAGAGGGGACACUUCAUCAUCCCGACGGAGACUGAUCCUGUCAAGUUGCAGAGCUUCCUGCAGAGCCACGUGCCUGAAGCCAGGCAGCGCUGUCUGCUGACAAAAGAGCUGCAGGCGGAGGAGGAGGCCAUCCUGAACCUGUGUGUCCACAGUCUGUCCCUGAGGAGUCUGUCCAAGGAGCCUAGUGUAUCUUCCAGCCAGCUGGUCCUGUGCUGCAGGAGACUCCUGGACCAGCAUCCGUCCCUCCUCCAGGGUCUCCAUGUCCGCAUUGCGCACUUCUACUCUGUCCUGCAGGAUGGGGAUCUGUGUAUCCCGUGGGAUUGGAAGAGCUGAACCUCAGCAGGAGACAGAUUCUGGACUGUGUCACUUUACCACGUUUAGACUCACAGAAUUUAUUUUAGUGGCACGAGCAGGGAGGUCUGGAACCCUGAAAGCUGGACAGAACAGAAACCCGGACCUGGGUCAGCUUUGACUUUUACGAUCCCACCAUGGCGCUCACAUAUGCAGUACUUUGAUAAUUGUCAAAGCAGGACAGUCUCUGCCCAAGCUAACUCUGGUCCACAAGUAUUUGGACACCACAAGCACAUCUUGAUUGUGGGUGACUCCAGAGGUGGCAUUACAAAAAAUAGCACUAUCCAAAUACUUGUGGACCUGAGUCUAAACUUAAACAGCUGCACUGUGAUUUGAUUGGUUGUCAACGAGUCAGCUGAAACAUUAUUUGAGAGGAAGUCCUGUUUAGGCCCGGAGUCCCUUGUUGGCUGGUCCAGGACUUCGACAGGGAGCCUGAGGCACAUCCCUGGACUCAUUCAAGAACCUCUAAGCCUGUAUGUUAACUCAGGUUUGACAGGACAUUGGUUGUAUAAAAAACAUAUUUUAGAAAUAAAGUACAUUGAAAAUGUUU